CAAGUAUUGAUAGGUGUUGAUGUUUCUAUACUUGACACGUCACUUGCUCCCUCUUGAAGCGCGCUGGUGGCCCAUGUUUUCUCAAGCCUUUUGCAACAGAAAGCAGUUGCCGCACGGGCUCCUAUCGCCAGGCAUGGCUGCUUCCGCAGCGGUGGCGAAAAAUCCACGUGGUACGCUCUCGUCCUUUUGGGCGUCUUUGUUCAGAAGUCUAAAGACCAACACCAUGUGGGCGAUGUUCGCUGGGGCAGCUGCAGCUGUUCUGAUUCGGUACCUCCAGGACCUGAUCCAGCGAUUCCGGCGGCAGCAGGCCGAAUCUUUAUGGCGGAGGCAUGUGGACCUCAGCGUGGUUCAGGCAGUGCUCCUGACAACGGAGCACCUGAAGUCGUUGGGCCGCGUGGAGAAGCGGACGCUGUUCGUGAAGCCCAUUGCCGAAGUCUUUCGCAACGAAUUUGUGUUGGCCAAUGUGCUAGAGUCUGCAGAGACGGCGGUCUCGCAGAAUGAGCCCUUCCUAGUGACCCAGAUGUCCCAGGAGGACAAGUGGCACGUGCUCACGACCUGCACGAAUCAUAUCAGCUCCCUUUUCGCCCCCUACCAUGUCUUCUUCAACGAAGCAAGACGUGUGGAGUCAUACUACCAGUCAGCAUGGUAUGUGUUCACACUCACCUGUGCUCAGACAGAGGCUUCUGGGAGAUGGUUCAUCACCCCACUGAAGCCCGUGGGGAAAAACGAUGUGGGAAUGCUGCGAAUAAGAAUCGUUAUGAUGAAUGAGCAAGAGCUUCGUGAAAUUGCAUCGGGGGCAAUUGAGCCCCCGAGCUUUGGUUUUUUUAAUGGCCGCCAUGAGAGUCGAUGGAACACCUGCCAGCGGUUUGCGGAGCUCUUUGAGAGGCAGCUCACGAAAGUUAGUGGGACAAGUGACGUGGGAGAUGCAGAGUGGGGUCCCAACCUAUGUGGCAGGUUGUCAACUCAGAAGAAAAAGGGAAGCAACGCUAUGCUUUCUUCCAUGGCUGAUGCGAACAGCUCCCUGAAUCCACAAGAAGAGAAUUGCAUCCUCCGGAUUCAUGUUCCUUUUCCUGCUGGGAAGGGCCAAAUGGAGAAGUCAGAAUCACAGCGGCGACUAGAAGAGUGCGUCUCAAAGGAUGUGGUCCUUUUCGAGUAGUGCCGUGGCACACCCAGAAUGAAGGCAGUAUGGUGCAUUAGGUGUAGCAUGGUGUAGUGUAGUCGCUUAGCGAACAAGGUUCCGUUCUGAUCUCGUGAAGUGAGAACAUUAGGAUAAAAUAGUGCUCAGCAAUCAGCACGAUGUUGUGAGUUUUGUUGCCACGCUGUGGCACUGUGCACGUUUGGUGCAACACAACUUCUGCUC